UUUUUUCCGUGUUGCUUUGCAGUCCGGAAGUUUUGUAACAGUAGGGUUAUGUACCUGACUUAUGUAUACACUCUCAGCAUCAGCUAGUGUUCACAACAGCCAACAAAAUGGUCAAUAUCGGACUCGCUAAAGUCGACGACGCUUUGGCAGCAAAACACCCGGGUUUAGGGAGUUAUACUGCCUGUCAGUCUCAUGCCUUCAUGAAAGGGACUGGGAGCUUUAUAUUUGGUGCUGUCAGUUUAUUUGCCAUUCAGACGGCUCUCCAGAGGAAGUUUCCUUAUCCUCUUCAGUGGAACCUACUCAUUUCAAUAGUGGCGUCAUCAGUGGGGAGUUACACAGUGACUCGCUGGGAAACACAGAAAUGCUCAGACCUUUGGUUGUUCCUAGAAACGGGAAAAGUCCCAGACAGAUCGCCGCCACCGGUGUCCAGACCAGAAGAGCCAAAAGGACCAGAGAAGACAAAAUAUGGCGACAUUAUGGAGUAAACAUUGUUGUUAACAGUUUACUGUAUAUAACUAUAUCUGUUCAGAAAAUGUUGGAAACAAGCUGAGUGCGGGCUGUGAGAGAGCAAAUGCUGUGUAUUUAAGAUGUGUUCACCUUUAUUUCCCAAAUAAAGCAAAUGAAUGAAGUGCCAUUUAUUUUUUUUAAUGUCA